AUGUUUUAUUUUCAGCACUGUUUACUUUUCAGUAACUUAUUGAGUUAUUUAGGAUUGCGACCGUCUUGCUUAUGUCGAUGUGGAAUUGUAAACAGUGGUCGUUAUAGUCUGUUAGAUAAAAUCAGAGGAGUAGACCCUAUUCCGCCUAACCCGAUGCCGUGGUUGGUGUUUAUCCAUGCCAAUGAUUCGAUUAUACCUGGAACUUUAAUAUCCAAUAGACACGUUUUAACAGCUGCAUCUAGGGUAUAUGCUUUAUCACCGUCCAUGGCAUUCGUACAGAUAGGAUCCAACAACUUCUGUAACAAUAAUGGAUUAAAUUAUAGUGUGGAAGCAAUUAGGAUUCCUAGUGGAUAUACACCCAGUGGUGGAGAUAGCGACUUGGCUUUAUUGAGACUUGCUAAUGAAGUUUCUUUUAAUCAAUACAUAUCGCCGAUUUGUUUACCUUUGAAUUGUAUGUAUAUUUGUCUCUCUUUAUUUUUGUUCGUAAAUUGUAUCACCUAUCAUAGCCCGAGAUCCUACUGUCCGAUUUCCCACGUAUCUCAUUUAUUUUAA